AUGAAAACAUCUCCUUAAUCAUUUUAAAGGGAAAAUGAUGAAACAGUUUGGCAUACUAGAAAAUAGAGAUAAGAGACUGAAAAAGAUAUUCAAUUAAUGAAGAAUCGUCUUAAAUUAUUAAAGAGAGGAGAUGCACAGUUAUCUAAGAGAAUUGAUGAAACUAAAAAGAAAACUUAAUCUAUGAUUGAAUUAAAAAAGAAUCAUCAUUAAUAGAUUGAAUUAGUAAGAAACUUUAUAUCUUUUUUAUUAGAAAAAGUUUAAUCAAAAAAAUGAUGAAGCAUAAUUAAAGGAGAAAUAGUAAAUAAAUUAUGAUAAAAAAAAACAAUAAGAAGAAUAACUAGAAAUGAUUAAAAAAGCUAUGGAAUAAAUUAAAAUGGAGGAAUAUAAAAAAAUUAAGUAACACUCUAAAAUUAUGUAUUAGAGAGAUAUCAAUAAGAAAUGCUGAAAUGAUAUAUAAACAAAAAUAAGAUUUUGUUUUUAAAAAUAAAGAAAAAAGAGAACAUAUUAAAGAGAUUAUGUAAAAAUCUAAAUCUAAUAUUUCUCUCUAUUGGAAUGAAAAGUUGUCUAACAUUUAAAAAGAAAAUGAAAAGUAUUUAUACUUAAUAAAUAUUCAAUAGAGCCAAAUAAGAAAAUAAAAAAGCAUGUGAAUAAAAUAAGGCAUAUUAAGAAAAGAUGGAAAUGGAAGAAUCAUAUAUGAUGUAGAAAUUAAUGAGAUCAUAAGAAGUAUAAAAGAAAUUAGCAAUUAAAUUGGAAAAAGCAAAGAAUUUACCUCAUGAUGAAUUUAAUUAAAUGAUUAAAGAAGAAGAUGAUAACUCUAAUAAUAUGAAAACCAAUAAAAGUGCUGAAAUUCCAAGAUGGCUACCAACUCCAGAGAAAGAUCUUGCAAUUGUCGAAUAUUUCAAAGUUGAACCAUAUCAAGAGGAAGAUGAAUAAUAGAAAGAAGAUGAAUAGAAAUAAGAAAAUGAAUAGAAGAAAGAAGAUGAAUAAGAAUAAUAAGAAUGA